UUAGGCUAUGGAGCAGCUCUUAAUGCCAGUUUGCAGGCUGCUUUGGCAGAGAGCAGUUUACCUUUGCUUAGUAACCCGGGACUCAUCAAUAACGCCUCCAGUGGCCUGCUGCAGGCUGUGCACGAAGACCUCAAUGGCUCCCUGGACCACAUCGACAGCAAUGGCAACAGUAGUCCGGGCUGCUCGCCGCAGCCGCACAUACAUUCGAUCCAUGUCAAGGAAGAGCCAGUGAUUGCGGAGGAUGAAGACUGCCCAAUGUCCUUAGUGACAACAGCCAAUCACAGUCCAGAAUUAGAAGAUGACAGAGAGAUCGAAGAAGAGCCUUUAUCUGAAGAUCUGGAAUGAGAACUGACUUGUGAAACCUCAGCGUGAAGGGACAUAUCACUGACCUUCAUAACCACUCCACAACCAUGAAUAUUUGACAAAUUUUUACUGUGACUAUUUAUUAAGCAUGGAUAAAGGAGACAGCCCUAAAGGAACUUAUUAAGCCAGCCCUUUGGGAUUCAGUACCAACAGGCAAAUUGCUUGUUUUCUUCCCUUCCUCUCUUUCUCUCUCUCUCUUUUUUUUUUUUUAGAAAAAAAAGGACAAAAACUGAUUUUCUUGAAAAAAAAAAAUAAACUUUCUUUCUAUAAUGGCUUUGCCCAUUUAAAAAAUGUGGCUCUUAAGGGUUCAUGAAAUGACUGAAUAUGAGGAUACAUGUCCUGUAGAAAGCAAACGCGCCUCAUAUACUGCCAAAAAUAGUGUUAGUUUCAUUAAUGUGAAUUUUCCAGCAUUCAGUAGUUGUAAUGUUAGAAACAAUUGCUGGUCAAGUUCAACUUGUUGCUAUUGUUUUUAAUUUGCACAGGAGUAGUAUCAGAACUUAGUGUCACUGCUUGUAUCUAGCUGAAUUUUAAACAACAGAACAUUAGUUUUUUAUGUUGGUGCCACCAACUGUAAAUGACAUAAGUUAGUUAUUACAGAACACAGUAAUUAGACUGUUGCGACCAUCUAAAACCUUAGGCUUCCAGUCUGUGCUGUUAGUGUUAAGAUGUAAAGUGCAAUCCUAAGCUAACAUUAUCUGUGCAAGCACCAUAGAAACAUUUGCAUAUCUGCAUAGAUCUUACAACUGUACUCUUUACCUCCUUGUGAUAAAGCUUUGUCUACCUGCAAACACAGUCAAAGGCUACAGCUGCAAACCAAAGCCAACUCUAACCAUGGCCAAGAGCUCAAGGACAGAAGCAGCCACAUGCUUUGGUCAGCCUUCUGUAACUUCAAUUAGUACAAAGGAACCUUUUCCAUGAACUACCUGCUGUUUUCUGAUGACCUCUGGGAACUUUUCAUUUAGCCCUAAACAAAGAAUCGAAUAUGACAAAACCACAACUAAAAAGUUAAUUCAGUCACAGAGUAAUCUUCUGAGGCCAAAAGUCCAUCUAAACGCAAUGAAGAUUUGCUUUCAUAAAAACAGAGGUGAGGACAAAAUCUGCAGUGGACGUUAUGAUGUGCUAGAAAGCAACAAAUGUGGAUCACUGACCAAAACGAUUAUGUACUUGAUGCAAAUGCAGAUUGCAUAUUGUUAUAUAUAUAUAGUACAUUGUGUUUCUGUUUUCCCCCAUCCAGUCACUUACUUUCGGUGGUGAAUACAUGUUGUUAGAAGAUGACGUGUAUGGUCUGAAUCUUUGUUGUGUACUAUUUUUUAUAGUCUUAAGUUAUAAUGAAAAAACAAAAGUAGGAACCAAACAUAAAAGGUCUAGUAAAGCCAAAAAUUAAUUUCAUAUUGAUUUUAAAGUGAUCUAGCUGAGUUUUUACACUGAAAGCAAAGAUUAUAGCAAUUGUAGUCCAUGGUAUUUAUUUUCAGUCAAACCAAAGUUACAUAUAAUUCUGCCUCUGCUUAUACGGGAUAUUAACACUAACAAUACACUCCCUUUCAAAGACUUGCACAGGCCAAAUUGUUGGAACGCUGGUUUUCUUGACAACUCCAAACCCCAAAACUAUGAUAACGCGUUAUGGUGUAGUUGAAAAUAGCAUAGUCAGAUGUUUGCUUAAAACCUAGAAACUUUACGUGUUGCUUUUCAUGUGCUGUGCCAAGUCUUGAUAAUACUUUUUCCCCCAACCAAGGGACCUCAUAACCUGAUUAUGGUUAUUGCUUUACAAACAGUUUUGACAGAAGGUGGCUGCUAGAGCUUAACAUACGUACCAGUUCCAUGUGAUGGAGCCGGUUCUUGCAAACUAAGCUCAUCGUUUAUUCUUUGCUGAAGUCAGCAAAUAGAGUUAGAGAGAUACCCAGUCAUCUAUCACACCAAAUAAAAGGACAUAACGGCUUUCAAAAGGGUUUUCCCACAUACCCAAAAGGCUUUCUGAAAGCUUCUACCUCUGCAAAAAAAAAGAAAAAAAAAAGAAAAAAAAAGAAAAAAAAUUAGAACAAUUAUGGCAGAUUGCAUGAAACGUGAGAACGUCACAGUAACUGCUACUUUUCAUUAUGUUUGUCUUUGGGUCAUGAUCAACGGACGGGAAGUUUCCGAUAUGGUGUCAAAAGAAAGAUUGGUAUCGCGAAGGAUGGUUUUCAGUCAUCUAGGAUCCUACUGUAAGGAUUAUCUGAAGGGAAAAUGGGUCUUUCAGGUGCAUGUUCAAAAGGCUUUGAUGGACUGAAAGUAACUGUGAGAGCUGUACCAUCAGGAGGGUGGCCUAAGACUACGAUGCUAAAGUAUGCAUACCUCAGUUACAAAACUUUUGAAAGGAAGUCUCAGCCACAGAAUGCAUAUACCUGUAGAGUUUUGCAUGGGUUUUAUAUGAAUACAAUUUUAAAAAAUAGCUGCUUGCACAUUAUACCAGAAAAACCUCCAAAACUGCAAUUGCUUUGAAAAUAGAUUUUAGGUUUUUUGGAGUUUUCUGAAAUGCUUGGUCUGUAUUUUGAUAAUUGUGCAUAUUAUGUAAAAAUGUUGGUGGACCCAUAAAUGACCAGACUUUUUCUAAGAAAAAUGUUGCUUUAAUGCAUUUCAUGAAUUUUUACUCUUAUAUCAUUGCUUGCUAGUAAUAGCAAAUCUGCUUUUCUGCAUCUGCUUUGCGUAGCUAUUGUAAGGCUUUGAACUAAUGUAUGUAUUUAUUGCUUGAACUUCUGUGCAUACCUUAUAAAGCAUAAUGUCUGACAAUUUAAAUGGCUCAUGUAUUCUUGCUUCUAUCAUAAGCUGAUUAUGGGGACUAUGAUCUUUUGUAUACAGCAAAUUUUAACUGUAGCACAAACAUCUGUUUAUGUAUUGGUGGAAUAUACCUGUUUUAUUUAUCUUUUUUGAGGUAAACUAAUUUUUGAUACUUUUCAUUACUGUGUACUAUGUUCAUACUUUGAAUUCUCUGACAUUAGAAGUCAUGGUUGAGAAUUGUAACAGCUGUUAUUCGUUCUGUAUUCAUGGCUUUCACUGCUGAAUAAAAUAAAGGACCAAACCUA